GGCCGUAGUUCUUCCUCGCUGGAUGGCAUCACUUCCGGCUUGUGCCUUUCUGUUCUCUCUGACUAUGGCUGGAGCGGGGCUGUCAGACACAGAACUACGAGCGGAGUUGCUGGCUCUCGGCUACCAGCCGGGCCCUAUUACAGAUUCCACCCGCAAGCUCUAUGCCAAGAAGCUCACUCGGCUGCGGGCUGAGGUGGCCGCUGGGCUAAGAAGCCGCGGCAGCACACGGGCACACCCACAGGGCCCGAGCGGCUCCACGAGGCCCAAGGCGGCUGCUGGUGUCAGCCCCAAAGCGACUCCUCGGGCCCGCGUCUUGGUUAGGAGGGAGAGCGAGGAUGAGGAAGAAGAGGAGGGGAGCGACUACGAGCCGCCUCGCAGGGAGGCAGCGAUUGGGAGCAGAGGGUUGGCUCAGAGAAAUAACUGGGAGGCAGAACGUGGAUUAACACCCGGGAGGCCCCAAUUGAGGACAGGAGAGGGGGCGCUAUCCAGCAGCCUCUGGGGGGACAGUAGCGGAUUGGCCUCGAGGAGGACCCGAUUGGAAGCAGGAGAGGGGGUUGCAUCCCCCUAUCACAGGGAUGAUGAUGUGGCGGCGGCAGGCAGGAUGAUUUCGAGUACCUCGUGGGGGGCGACAUCCGCAGCAGGAGGAGGAAUAGGGUUAAGUUCUAGUAAAUGGUGGGAUAAUGAGCAGAGCAUAAGCCACAGCCCUACCUGGAAAUCAAGCGCAGGAGGAAGCAGUGCGGGCUUCAGUAAUAGGGCCCAUUUAGAGAUGGAAAGGGGGAUAACCCCCAGCUCCUAUUUGGGUUCAGUAACACAACGAAGCAGAGAGGGGUUAAUCUACAGGUCCCCGAGGAGACCAGAGAAAGAGGUUGGACUAGCUUCCAGAAGUUCGAAAACGUUAUGGGGGUCAGGAACAGGAAGAGAAUUGAGUAAGGAGACCCGCUGGGAUGGGACGCGCCAACAUGCAGGUUUAAAAUCCCAAACUCGGGACACAGGGAGAAAGAGCAGAGGCUUAGAAUUCUAUCUCUCCUGGUUCCUGUGGCUGGCAACCUUAGGCCUGUUGAUAAUUUUCCUGGGCAUCCUUUGGGUGAAGAUGAUGGGACCUGCCCGACUGGAAGGCCCUGAGGAGAAUUUUAAACUGUUGCCUGUGGAUUGUGAAAGAAGUACAGAUGGUUACUGCCAGGCAAAACAAGAAGAAAUUUUAAUGACCAUACUAUAUGAGCUAUACAAUUAUCUUGCAAUUCAAGCUGGCAACUUUGAGUGUGGAAACCCUGAGAAACUAGAAAGUAAAUGUAUUCCAGUUAGUGAUGCAAAGUAUUAUAUAGAGAAUGUGACUGGCUACAAUGCAGAAAAGUUUGGGAAUGCCUUGCAGCACUUACUGGACAAUCACAAGGAUUCAGGAAUAUGGUUACAAGGCAAUGAGCCUUCAGAGCCAGUUACCACAGUGGAGCAGGUGGUUUGUCUUGAAUCUGCCCGUCCCCGGAUGGGAUUAGGCUGCCGUUUCCACCGAGCGCUAAGUACAGCGAUUACAAACCUAUUUAUAUUCUUUUGGAGCUUAGCUUUCCUUUGGGGGAUUCUGAUUCUUCUAAAGUAUUACUGGCGGAAAAGGGAAGAAGAGGAACGGGCCAUGUAUAAAAUGGUGCAGAAAAUCAUAGUUGCUGUCCAAGGUCACUAUAAAGAAUGGGAGCAGAAUCUGGAACGGUAUCCAUACGUAGGCAUCCUUCACAUCAGAGACACACUCAUCCUACCACAGGACAGGAAAAAAAUGAAGUGGAUUUGGGACCGAGCUGUGGAUUUCCUUGCUUCCAAUGAAUCACGGAUUCAGACGGAGUCUCACAGAGUAGCAGGAGAAGACAUGCUGGUGUGGCGUUGGACACAGCCUUCCUACCUCUCUGAUUCAGAUCAUUAGCUCUCACCAGAGGCCAAGCCACUGUUUCAACACUGUGCAGACCAGUGUGCCCCCUCCUUGCUAGGGAAUGUCCUAUCAUCUCUACUCAGGUGCACCCCUGAUACUACUGUACACAUGUUUGAGAGCUGUAGAAUGACUCUUCAGGGUAAUCACUUCUGUAAGGAAUACAGACUUUGAUAUGCAGAUGCACUCCAAAGCUGCUUUUCUGCCAUGUAUUUGGCUUCCACAAUGUAACAAUUUAAAAAGAGAAUUCCUUGCUUAAUUGAAAGAUGUCAUUAAUAGUUUUGCUUUGGUAUUAUGGAAGAUCGUAUCUGACUGUCCACUCAGAACGUCGAUGCUAAAACUGCUAAAAGAUACUUUGUAAAGUUGUUCAUUACAAAAACACCCUGGAUAAGAGUAGACAACCAAUAUGUAAGGUAUAUUUGUGCUUGCCACAGAUCAGGAAUCAUCUACUGUCAUUGUGUAUAGAAUGACAGGUGGGGCUGAGAGGGCCAGUUCUUGCACCUUUGAAGAUAAGGUGGGAGGGGCUUAAAGCAAAUUGCAGUCUCUAUGAUUUUUUUCCUUAGGCAGUGGUAGGUGAGCACUUUUUUGUGAGAAUCAGAAAGCAUACAUUUUAAAAAUGGCUUUGUGGAGAAUGCUGGAAAGCAACAGCUAUAUUUUGGGUUGUGUACAGUACUAGAGGGUAGCUGGGGUGCCUACAGUGUUUGGUCCAAAAAAAAUCCACAAAUCAAGAGUUUGCAGGAUUGUCCAAUGUGUGGAAAGCUGUUCUCCAGCAAUAUAGUGACAUGUGUUGUGCAUAUAUCACUUUAGUUGGUCCAGGUUCAAGUUUAUGCCAGUUUGAUGGAGGAGCAGAGAGGUACACCAAACACCGUGCACCUCUUUUGUAGCGUUUAAAUCUGAGGUUCUUGCAUGAUACGUCAUUCUAUUACUGGUUCAGGCUGUAUACUUAACUUGGAGUGAAUGUAGCCCUCAGUCCAGUGGAUAUAACUGGAGCACAUAUGAAUUCAGAAUAAUGUGUGCACAUAUGAGCCUCCUCAGGCAUUUUUGGUUGAGACUUUAUGCUACCUUUUUGUUACACGUUUUGUUUGAACUGGCAUAUUAAUUUACAUCUGGGUGAUAGCCUAAACUUUAAGCUUGCCCUUCUACUCCCCCUGCUGGCCAUACUGAAAAAUUGAAGGAUUGGAGU